GGCUGUGUUGAACAGUAGGAAGGACACAACAGGAGAUCACACGCUCACAAACACACACACUCAUCUCUGGGAUGUGUGUCUGCAGCAACAGCGGGCACAAUCUCUUCUUUCACCAGACGGACAAGAACAGUUUACAUGAAGAAUAAUGGUUAUUGGUUUGGGGAGAGGACAUGUUUCCAGUUUCCUGCAGACACGGGGAAAAAAAUGUUUCAUUCUUGGAAUACUUGAGGAGUGACUGCAACUUUCCUUCUGCUCGGACUUCGCACUAAUCAGAGGACAGACGCGGAGGAAAGAGAGAGAGAGAAAGAGACGAAAAAGGUGAGGGAGAACUGGGUUUAACGAUGCAAAGGGAGCAACAUUCAGCACUGUGUUAACGCACAGAACCACAUCGGAGUGUGGCGUCUGUGUAACCGAGAAGCAAUGCUAUCUGGGGGGAUGCGUUGCCCGCUGUGGUCCUUGCCCGCUGAUGUUGCGGCUCGGUCGGGCUGCGCACAGAGCCUGUGGGCGGCUGUGAUUGGACCGGACACCGACUGGGGCUGAUUGAUGUUUGUCCGAGCAAGGAAGAUGUUGAAAGGAGGCGAUCAAUAGGAGUUACCUGCGAGCUUUGAGACAGCAGUAUCUUGACAACGUGAGGACGGAGGACAACAAGCAUGCAUGAGGAAUAUAUUUUGGAUGUAAACAGAAAAACACUGAAAAAUAUGUUGUUUUUUCUCUAAUUGCCUGCAGAGACAGACUGUUACAGAUGUUGUUUUUUUUUUGCUUUUGCACUUAAUUUUUUUUUCCUAUAAAGACUUUCAUGUGCAUUAUCAUAAUAUAUUUUAAUAUCAAGUUGAAGGACUUUUAUUCUGAAAUUUUCCGGUAACAUUGAACAUUGCAGGAGCAUUUUUAAAAGAGAAAAAACACCUUUUAUUUAACAUCUAGAAAAAUGCACUUGCUGUUGCCAUGAAACAUGGCUUACAUGUGGAUUAUGUAUCCGUUUUUUUUACUUCCACUCCUCGGAGUGGGGGCAACUUUCUCAGGGGUCUUUAACACCACAGACAGAGACGUAUUCACCGAUGACUCGCCACAGGUCAGGCUGGAGCAGUGGAACCUCCACUCUGACGACUCGCACCCCAACCUGUAUUUUAACCAGGCAGAUGUGUUACACUUGAGGCAAAGGUCCUCCACCACCCAUGGUCACAUCUUUAAAGUCAUCCGAGCGUCUGUGCUGACCAUGCUGUCCAACACUCCUUCUUAUGUACCCCCUGCAAAACACGAGGAGUUCACAAGCAAGUGGAAUGAGAUCUAUGGGAACAACUUGCCCCCUCUGGCUCUUUACUGCCUGCUGAGCCCCGAGGACUCGGCUGCCCUGCAGUUUCUUUUAAAGUUUAUGGAUAGGAUGGCCAACUACCCAGACUGGAAAGUCACCGGUGCACCGAAUGAUGAGGUCCCCACUGCACACUCUCUGACUGGGUUUGCAACUGCUUACGACUUUAUUUACUCCUACUUGGAUCAAAACAGGAGGGAUGUUUAUCUUAAAAAAAUUCGUUCAGAGACAGAAGCACUGUAUGAGCUCUCCAAGUACAGAGCAUGGGGGAAACAGUACCUUCAAAACCAUCAAACUACUAAUAUCUUAGCCAUCUUAACUGGUGCAAUAGUGGUGGGCUCACAUAAUGACCCAGAGUCGAUGAUCUGGAAACAGGUGGCGGUGAACUACAUGGAGAAAACCAUGUUUCUCCUGAAUCAUAUUGUGGAUGGCUCUCUGGAUGAGGGAGUCGCCUAUGGAAGCUACACAGCCAAGUCCAUCACGCAGUACGUCUUUUUAGCCCAACGCCAUUUUAACAUUGACAACAUGCAGAACAACUGGCUGCGGGGGCACUUCUGGUUUUACUAUGCCACUCUGCUGCCAGGCUUCCAGAGGACAGUCGGCAUAGCAGACUCCAACUACAACUGGUUUUACGGGCCAGAGAGUCAGCUGGCUUUUCUCGACACGUUUGUCAUGAAGAAUGGAACGGGAAACUGGCUGGCUCAGCAGAUUCGGAAGCACAGACCGAAGGAUGGGCCCAUGGGGCAGUCGUCAGCCCAGCGCUGGGCUACACUCCACACAGAGUACAUCUGGUACAACUCACAUCUCACACCGCAACCUCCUCAUGACUUUGGCAAAGCAAGGAUGCACAUUUUCUCCAACUGGGGGGUCGUUACCUACGGAGCAGGACUUCCUGCUAGCCAGAGUAAUACUUUUGUUUCCUUUAAGUCUGGUUACCUGGGUGGUCGUGCAGUCUAUGACAUUGUUCAUGACAAACCUUACUCCUGGGUGGAUGGCUGGAACAGUUUUAACCCUGGCCAUGAGCACCCAGACCAGAACUCCUUCACAUUUGCUCCUAACGGGCAGGUGUUUGUAUCUGAAGCACUUUACGGUCCCAAAUACAGCUAUCUCAACAAUGUUUUGGUGUUUAGUCCAUCUCCCACCAGCCAAUGUAACAGUCCAUGGGAGGGUCAGUUAGGGGAGUGUGCCAAGUGGCUGCGCUGGACCGAUGAGGGGGUGGGCGACGCCAGAGGAGAGGUGAUUGUUGCUUCUGAGCACACGGACACUAUGUUUGUCAGCGGGGAAGCUGUGUUAGCGUACUCCCCGGCCAUGAGAUUAAAAAGCGUUUUCAGAGCCUUGGUUCUACUAAACUCCCAAACAUUGUUGGUCCUCGACCACGUUGAGAAGUUCGCCGACUCCCCUUUGAGGUCUCUCAGUGCUUUUUUUCACAACUUAGACAUUGAUUUCAAGUAUGUUCCCUUUAGAUUCAUGGAUAGAUACAACGGUGCCAUGAUGGAUGUGUGGGACGCUCAUUAUAAAAUGUUCUGGUUUGACAGCCAGGGUCGCAGCCCUGAAACCAGAAUACAGGAGGCAGAGCAGGCAGCAGAGUUUAAAAAGAGGUGGACGCAGUAUGUCAAUGUCACUUUUCCAAUGACUGGCGCAGUCAGCAGAGUAGCUUAUGUGUUACAUGGGCCAUAUGUUAAAGUCUCCAACUGCAGAUUUAUAGAUAGCAGCAAAAAUGGUGUAAGGCUUUCUUUAACCAUAAAUAACACAGAGAAGAUUGUUUCUAUAGUUACAAACUAUAAAGACAUUGGAGCAAGAUUGGCUUAUAUAGGGUUUGGUGGUCACUGCAAAGUUGUAGACAGAUAUCAAAUCACUAGAUACGGCCUUGGUACACAGCACAUCCCUAAACAAAUUAGCAGUGAUAAUCAUCUUUUUGACAUUGGAUUCACAGUCAAUGUGGUCGCUGGGGUAGUUCUCUGUGUGGCCAUAGGAUUUUUGACCAUGCAGAGAAAGUUUUACGUUUGUUUUAGCAGGUUGAUGCGUUACGCCUUACUCUCCGUGCUUGUCCUCUGGAUAGUCGAGCUGCUGUUUGUGUCCAACAGCUGCGAUCAGCUUCUCUGUGGGGUGAAGUGGAAAGCCGCAGGCGCCACAAAUGAAGUUAGCCACCAAAUCAGGUUGUAUGAGCAGCACCGGCUCCCCCUCCCCACCGUGGUUAUAACGGCUCUUCCUGGAUCGGGGUCAGAAAUACUCAAGCACCUUUUUUAUAAUAACUCAGACUUUGUUUACAUUAGGGCUCCCACUGAACAUGUGGACAUUCCUGAGACUGAGUUUGAAUUUGACUCACUGGUUGACACCUGUGAGUGGUCAAGAAUAGAUGCUGAGCAUGGACGGUUUAAGAUCAUUCAAGGCUGGCUUCAUUCGCUGGUGCACAAUACCAAGCUACACUUGCAAAAUAUCCAGCUUGCAGAGGGCAGCAAGGUCAAACAGCCCCAGAGAGGGAGCCCCUCUAGGGGUAGAAAGAAAAGAUCCAGGCGGAAAGAGUCUACAUCUGAGCUGAAGGGCAGGCUGAGGGCCAGCCUGGACAGAGAUGCAGAGUACGUCAGGGAGAUCAGGCGGCACGUCGCAGAGUACCCCAACGCCCGGGUGGUCCUCAACAUGCGGAGCGGCAGCUGGACGCUUAAACUGCCCUUUAUUCAGGAAGUGGUUGGCCCCUCCCUGAGGGCAGUUUAUCUGAUCAGAGACCCCCGGGCAUGGAUUUAUCUUAUGGUUUAUAACAGCAAACCCAGCCUUUACUCUCUCAAAAACAUCCCACAGCACCUUUCCUUGAUAUUCAAGGAGGAUUCUAUAAAAAGAGGGUGCCCGGCAAUUGCGCUGGAGUUUAAAACAAUCCAGUGGUUGCUUUCUCGGUCAGAGACGAACCCUGUCCUAAUCCUUGCUCAUCUGUGGCUGGCUCACACUGUGGCAUCGCUCCGAGUCGCUGAGAGUGUCCCCAAAGACUCCUACCUCCGAGUGAGGUUUGAGGACGUGGUCAGCUUCCCCCAGGAGACAGCAGAGACAAUACACACAUUCCUGGGAGUGCCUGUGUCACCUGCCGCCCUGAAUCAAUUGACAUUCACCACCUCGACAAACCUGUAUAACCUCAUGUAUGAAGGGGACAUCUCACCAGCAAACAUCAACGUAUGGAGGCAGAAAAUGCCUCGAAAGGACAUCAGACUCAUUGAGGAUAUAUGUGGAGGUGUAAUGAGAAGGCUGGGUUAUGCCAGGUUUGCCAGUUAACUGCUGCUGAUCAGCUUGUAUUUGAGCUGCCAUGUUUACUGUAGCUGCCAGUGAAAUAUAUUUUCUUUUUUUUUCUUUUGCACUGAAAUUUAAGAACGUUAGUGGCCUGUCUGUGUCCAAGUGUUUUGUUCUCAGUGGGGGUGUAUUUAAGGACUUGUGUAGAUUACACCAACACAUCAGACAGAGGAAUAUUUAUAUGUAUAAUAAUAGGUGGAAGGGAUCUUGUGUUUUUCUCCAGCAGCUGCUCAUGUUUACUUGUGGCACUCCUUCACUUAAAGAGAUUUAUAAACCGUCACUGUCUUACAACAGGAAUUGCACAUGUUUUCAGUACAGCAACUCAUUUCAUCAAAUAUUAUUUACUGUCUUGUUUAGAAAUGUAAAAUCUGUUUUUUUUUUCUGAUUUGAGAUUUUUAUCAGCAAAAUUCAUUAAUUCAUUUCUUCUGGAGGGGUUUGUUGACUGGUUUGGUGCAGAUAUUUUGGUGCUGUGGGAAACUAAUUUACCAUGUGUUUCGGCUGAAUUCCAUUUCCUGGGGUUAUCUCUAUCCCUAGCACUCCCCCUACCAUUUGGCACUUAAUUCAGUAAGUGGUUAAAACAGUCCAAUGAAAAAUGUGAUGUUUACAUUCCAUUUCUGAAUAUCUGAAUGUAAGAAGCUCAGUUCUUGCUGGUGUCUACUAGGGAAGCAUCAUGCAAACAAUAAAUCCAGCAGAAGACAUCAACAAUACUUCUGUUUUAAAUGUUUGUUGCAAAAAAACAAAAAUACACUAACAAACAUACCCUCACAAAAUAUAACUUUAUUGUAAUGUCUGUAGAUGUAGAUCUUGAGGAAUGUAUUUCAAAACGACCUUAAAAUAUAGAUUAGACCUGGAUUAGCUAUCACAUUGUUUGUAAUUGCUACACUAUUAGCCGCUUGUUAUUCUGUUGAUGUUAUGAUACAUGCACAAAACUUUGAGUUGAAAAAGUAUUUUUAUAAUCACGAUACCUGGAUCACAGUAACUUUUAACAGUGUUUUUGUAAGACAUCUAAUGCAGUAUCAGCUGAUUUAUCUGCUGCUAGCUAAACACCAGUAGCAGCAGCCUUAAAAUGUUUGUCAAGAGCUCCGUUGGGGUUGGUUGUGACACGUGUGGAGAUUAAUUUAAAAUACAGUCAUAGAAACUGGGGUUUGUUCUCAGUUCUCUUGAGGCUUUAAUACAGCUGACAUUAUUACAAAGAACUACAUCAAUUAAUUUCACUGCUUAUGUGCAGAAUAAUUUAGUGAUUUAGUUAAAAAAGAUUCAGCUUCCUGUUUCACUUAAAAAAUGUAUUAGGAAGUACGGAUUUGUAAACCUGCUCUUAAACUUACUGUUUGUUAAAAUUAGCCUUAAAAAUUUAAAUAAUAUCAAUUUUAUAUAAUAACUUCACCUUAAGCUGUGAAAUAUUGAAGAAAUGGUAAUUAUUAAAAUGUGUUUCUAUGAUCAGCAGUUCAUGCAAGAAGAAAGUGACAACCAAACACAGGCGAUCCUACUGCAUGUUAUGAACAUCUUGUAAAAUAGACUUUAAUUAGGAAGUGCAUUCAUCUUCAGACAUAUUUGAAGUAUGCCAAAAGUUAGUCUGACUGCAAUGAAGUUAUGUCAAAAUCUUAUUUACUAUGUUAGUUUUUCCGUAAAUUAAUAUCUAAGAAUAAAUCAAACAUGACAUUACAGUAGUUUUUGUGGUUUUGUUCUUGUGACGAGAAAUAUAAAACAAACAUACUAGUAUGCAUUAAACUACACAUUCAUGUUUGGUUGUGGUGAUAGUAAAAAAAAAUAAUAUAUAUUUUAGCUGCAUAACCAUAAUGACUGUCAUACCAAACAUAAUAUAUUGGAACCUUUAAAACUAGACAAGACAAUGGUUAUUGUUCCAUUAUAUAUACAUUAUUUGAGGAAAUAUUCUCACUUGAUUUAGGAGUGGAGCCCCUACCCCUUUGUUUUUAAGUUUUUAAAUGGCUUUAUACCCCAAAAAUGUUAAGGUUUGUAAGGCCUAUUAAGCCAUUUGCUUUAUUUAUUAAAUAUUUUCUUGAAAAAAGUUACAGACUGGGAAUGUGAACAGAUGAAAGUACAAUUAAUAAUUGAUUUUAAAAAGAAUAGAGGGUGAAGGGCUAAAAAUGAAGGGUUAAAUGGGAUUCAGUCCUAAUCAGAACUUCUGGUUAUUUUUCCCUUUAAAAACUGUAACACAAAAUGCUGCGCGAGAGCCAGAACAUCAGCAAUUUAGACAAAUGCUUUGAUUGUAUUUAUAUCUUCCAUCCGCUUACAGAUUUUAUUUUAAAGCUCAAAGAUGUCAUGGCGAUUGUGUGGCUUGGCAGUUUUACAAGGACUCUUUUGAUUGUAAAUGAGGGAGUCUGAGUUUUUCUUUUAACUGUGUGGAAAAUUAGUCUCAGUGUUUAAAAAAAAGAGCCUCUGAAGAUGUAACUUGUAGCAGAAUGUGAGUCAGGAGUAUUUAUGGCUUCCAAAGACAUACAUCCCAAAGGAUCGAGAAUGAAUAUGAUUAUUAUAAUGAGACCCUUUAGCAGUUAUUGAAUCAGUGAGAAGUGCUUAAUGGGGAUCAAACUGAAAAAAAGCCAAACUGUCAGCUCUGAUGCAUUUUUGAGUCAAUGCAGUUUUUAAGCAUUCCCCUCAGCAACUCGCAUUAAUCUGAAGAAUGCAUAACUGAGACUGUGUUUUACUGUUGCGAAAUCUUCACUAUAAAGAACUUGAGAAACAUGCAAACAGCACAAGUUUCCAUCUCCUGAAGUGUUCACUCUGUGAUCUCUGGUUUUUAUUUUGUUUUUUGGUACAGCAAACUCUGCACUAAACGGUGGGGUGUAUAAUAAGUUUUGCUUGGGCAAAAAUAUACGCCACUCAGUAACCUUUGAAGCCGUCUCUCUUUAUACCUUUUGCAUAUGGUGCGCUCAUUUAUACACGCAGAACCAGACAUUUGAAAAAAAAAAAAAAAAUCACUGGGUAAUCAUUUCUCCACUGAAAUCAGCUCUGUUUGUUUUCUUCCUUGUGACCACUAAAACCUUUGACUGGCUAGAAAAAAAACUGUUUGAUGUUUGUGGUCUUUGAAUGUGUAGAUUUUGGCAGACAUGCUUUCACUUUUGGUGUUGCAAUCCUGUUAGCGACUCAGUGUUUUGUAUUUGCUUGUGGGGAUACAGUUCCUUGCUUCUGUGGCCUUGAAUUACAAUCAUUUCCAUGUAGAGGGGGCUUUCUGUGGGUUGUGUAGCGGGAGGCGGCCAUGACGUUCAGAAAAUAAUAAAUAUGAAUAUAUUCGCAA